AUGCGGAGCAGGGAUGACAACGUGAGCUGGAGCGGCAUCGCCGCUGCCCUCGAGGAAGUGGAGGAGGAUGAAGAAGACGUGCCCGUGGUGGCAGAGUUCAUUGAUGAACGCCCUGAUGAAGUGAAGCUCGUGGAGGAAUUCCCAACGAACUCCAAAUGGAAACUUUUAGGAGACCAGAACGAAGAUUCGCAGAGUUCGGAUAUUUCGGGACCUGCCAGGUCUGCCAUGAGGCAGCAGCGCCACAAUUCCCCCGAGCCCUCGGCCCCGGGAGGGAAACACAACGGCUCCUUGGAGCUCUGUGCCCUGAGAUGGCAGCGUCACGACACCCCUGAGCCAUCCCCUGCCAGGAGACGACGUCCUGGCACCCCAGAGCUGUCACCUCCCAGGCAGCAGCAGCGUCAUGACACCCCUGAGCCAUCCCCUCCCCGGUGGCAACGUCAGGAUUUGUCACCUCAGAGAGAGAAGCCGGGGUACCCAAGUGGGAAAAGGAGCCGAAGGAAAGGACGGACUCUGCCCGCCGGGAAGGCCCAGCACAGGUCACGGAGUCCCCCGGAGCACUGCCCGCGUCGCUGGGACGCUGAGGGAUCUCCCAAGAAGGCUCACACGAGGUCAUCCAGGGCCAAAGCUGGGUUGCUGUCGGCUGAUGUGCGGCAGAGGGAGAAGCAGGAGCUCCAGAGGCACGAGAGGAGCACCAAGCAGCUGGAGGAGGAAUCCCGGAACGCUCAGACCGUGUUCCGAGACAAGUCGGGCCGCAAGAGGAACCUGGCCCAGGAGCAGCUGGAGCAGAGGCUGAAGGCUGAAGCAGAGCCCAAGAGAGAAAAGCAAUAUGCCAGGUGGGGAAAAGGGCUGGCACAGGAGAGGCUGCAGCAGCAGCAGAAUGUGGACGAUGCAAUCAAGGAGAUGCAGAAGCCCUUGGCCCGUUACAUCGAUGACCAGGAGCUGGAUCGAAUGCUGAGGGAACAGGAGAGGGAAGGAGACCCCAUGGCUGCUCUCAUCAAGAAAAGGAAGGCCAAGGAGAAGAAGGAAAAAGAGAAACCCAGGUACAAGGGACCAGCACCUCCCCUCAACAGGUUCAACAUCUGGCCUGGGCACCGCUGGGACGGCGUGGACAGGUCCAACGGGCUCGAGCAGCAGCGCUCUGCCCGCAGUGCCAACAUGAAGGCGAUGCAGGAACUCACCCACAAGUGGAGCAUCCAGGACAUGUAGGAGAGAGAGCUCCUGGAGUGACCCAC